GCGGUCCGAGAGUGGCAGGUGUCUUCGCCGCUGCUGGAACAUGCGUGUCUGUGUCUGACAGCGAGUGUGUGUGUGUGUGUGUGUGUGGUUGAGACUGUGUGUUUUGUUCCUCAGACGUCUGAGACAUGGCGUGUCUGCUGCGCUGCGUGACGUGCUGCUCUGUGCAGCGGCCGGGGAGACGAUUCUUCCAGACCUUCCCUGUUCUAUAUGAUCAACAGGCUCUUAAAGGUGUGCGAUAUAAAGACGUGCUGGUGGGCAUUCCUAAAGAGAUCUAUCAGAAUGAGCGGCGGGUGGCCGUGUCGCCCGCGGGUGUGGAGAUGCUGGUCAGACAGGGCUUCAGGGUGCAGGUGGAAUCCAGCGCCGGACGCGAAGCUAAGUUCUCUGACGAUCAGUACCAGGCCGCCGGAGCCCAGAUCACCGACACCAAGGGAGCGUUUGGAUCAGAUCUGGUCCUGAAGGUUCGAGGGCCGGUGUUUAACGAGGGUUUACGAGUGCAUGAAGCAGACCUCCUGAAGCCCAGAGCCACAAUGGUUAGCUUCAUCUACCCGGCGCAGAACCCCGAGCUGAUGGACAGGCUGAGCACACAGCAGUGUACGGUGCUGGCGAUGGACCAGGUGCCACGCGUCACCAUCGCACAGGGAUACGACGCACUCAGCUCCAUGGCCAACAUCGCCGGGUACAAGGCCGUGGUUCUCGCAGCCAAUCACUUCGGAAGGUUCUUCACUGGGCAGAUCACAGCGGCAGGAAAAGUUCCUCCGGCGAAGGUGCUGGUUAUCGGUGGCGGCGUCGCAGGUCUGGCUGCGGCUGGAGCUGCUAAAUCAAUGGGUGCCAUAGUCAGAGGAUUCGACACCAGACCCGCAGCACUGGAGCAGUUCAAGUCGUUCGGAGCGGAGCCGCUGGAGAUACACAUCGCAGAGUCGGGCGAAGGCCUCGGAGGAUAUGCCAAAGAAAUGUCUAAAGAGUUCCUGGAGGCCGAGAUGAGUCUGUUUGCCAAACAGUGCAAGGACGUCGACAUCGUCAUCAGCACGGCUCUGAUUCCUGGUAAAAGAGCUCCAGUGCUGAUCAAGCGUGAGAUGGUGGAGAGCAUGCGUGACGGGUCGGUGGUGGUGGAUCUGGCGGCGGAGGCCGGAGGAAACAUCGAGACCACUAAACCCGGAGAGCUGUACGUCCAUAAGGGCGUGACACACAUCGGCUACACGGAUCUGCCCAGCCGGAUGCCCACGCAGGCCAGCACGCUCUACUCCAACAACAUCAUCAAGCUGCUGAAGGCCAUCAGCCCCGACAAAGAGCUCUUCCAGUUUGAGCCCUGCGAUGAGUUUGAUUACGGCACGCUGGAUCACGUGAUCAGAGGGACGAUGGUGAUGAAGCAAGGUAAGAAUCUUUUUCCCGCGCCGCUACCGAAAACCACCCCGCCGCCGCCACCCGCCAAGCUGAAGAGCGUCGCCGAGCUGGAGGCGGAGAAACAGGCCGAAAUAUCCCCGUUUAGACAGACCAUGACAUCAGCAGGAGUCUAUACAGCAGGUCUCUCGACCGUGCUGGGUUUGGGUAUCGCCUCUCCUAAUGCUGCCUUCACUCAGAUGGUGACGACCUUUGGCCUCGCUGGAAUUGUGGGAUAUCACACGGUGUGGGGUGUGACUCCGGCGCUGCACUCUCCGCUGAUGUCAGUGACCAACGCCAUCUCAGGUGAGGCUCACGCAGAUACACCUGAACAUAUGAGUGUGUGUUGUGUGUGCUCCAUCAACAUCGCAGGUGGGUUCCUGAUCACACAGAGGAUGCUGGACAUGUUUAAGAGGCCCACGGACCCUCCGGAGCACAACUACCUCUACUCUCUGCCUGGCCUGGUGUUUGUGGGCGGAUACGGGGCGUCUCUGGCCGGAGGAUACAGCAUCGAGCAGAUGAUGUAUCUGGGCUCGGGUCUGUGUUGUGUCGGCGCUCUGGCUGGACUCUCGGCUCAGCGCACCAGUCGUCUGGGUAAUGCGCUGGGAAUGAUCGGGGUGGCAGGAGGAAUCACAGCUACGCUGGGCGCUCUGAAGCCCUCGCCUGAGCUCCUGUCGCAGAUGUCGCUCGCCAUGGCAACAGGUGGAACUCUGGGUCUGACCAUCGCCAAGCGCAUCGAGAUCUCAGAUCUGCCUCAGCUGGUCGCUGCAUUCCACAGUCUGGUGGGUCUGGCAGCGGUUCUCACCUGCGUCGCCGAGUUCAUGAUCGAGCAGCCGCACCUGGACGCUCAUCCGGCCGCCAGCGUGCUGAAGAUCGUGGCGUAUCUGGGCACCUACAUCGGCGGAGUGACCUUCAGCGGCUCUCUGGUCGCCUACGGAAAGUUACAAGGUUUGUUGGACUCGGCUCCUCUGCUGCUGCCGGGCCGUCACAUGCUGAACGCAGGUCUGAUGGCGGCGUCGGUGGGCGGGAUGGUGCCCUUCAUGCUGAGUGACAGCUUUAACACGGGCAUGGGCUGCUUGCUGGGCAUCUCCGGCCUCUCCACCAUCAUGCUGCUGGACAACAACCUCAUGACCAUCGUGGGUGCUCUGAUCGGCUCGUCCGGUGCCAUCCUGUCCUACAUCAUGUGUGUGGUGAGUGAACGCGAGCACUUUGAGAAAUCUGAACCCGAGAGAACCCUGAAACACGGGCCACACGUGUGUGCGUGUCUCGUCUCCACACGCGAUCGUCCUGUUGGGAGACAUCUGGAGUUCAGGAAACUCUGCAAUCUGAAUGCAAUCAAACGGAGUUCCCUGAGAGUCAGCACACACGCGGCCCAUGACACAACUCUCCACGCUCCUCCAGACAUUAGCAGCAAACAUGAAGCAAAUAUGGAUCUUGACUUUAGGGGAUUCCUCGCUGACCUCACAGCGCCUGAGGUUCUCAGAAAACACACAGGAUUAAUAACUAACAUGAAUCUGUGUGUGUGUGUGUGUGUGUGUGUGUGUGUGUGUUUUCUCUGCGCAGGCUGGGGUCUGUGUGCGGCCAAGGCUCAGUAUCCCAUCGCUGACAUGGUGAAGAUGUUGAGAGAGCAGGGCAAGACUGUGAGGUUCGGGAUUCACCCGGUGGCGGGCCGCAUGCCUGGACAGCUCAAUGUGCUUCUGGCCGAAGCUGGCGUCCCGUACGACGUCGUUCUAGAGAUGGACGAGAUCAACGAGGAUUUCCCAGAAACCGACCUGGCGCUCGUGAUCGGAGCCAACGACACGGUCAACUCAGCCGCGCAGGAGGAUCCCAACUCCAUCAUCGCCGGGAUGCCUGUGCUGGAAGUCUGGAAGUCCAAACAGGUGAUCGUGAUGAAGCGUACUCUGGGUGUGGGAUACGCAGCGGUGGACAAUCCCAUCUUCUACAAGCCCAACACUGCUAUGCUGCUGGGAGACGCCAAGAAGACCUGCGACAGUUUACAGGCCAAAAUCAGAGAGGCCUACUACUAACACACAGCUCCAGACACAUGCACAAGAACACGCUUUAUUACACAUUAAAGUGCCUUAAAAACAAGAAGCCAAUCAGCGAAUGCAUGCAGCUUUGACUUGUAAAUAAAAGUAUUUAAAUCUCACGAUUCAGCUUUCAAAUAAACCAGACGUGACUGAGGUUUUGAAACUUUCCCAGCAGCGUGUUUGGCUUUGCUGAUCAGUUUCUGCAGGAAUGAGAAGAAGAGCAGCUCUAUUGUGGCCAGGUACGUGUCUGAUGCUGCCAAAAACAGGUUCUUGUGCUCUUCAGCUCCACGUUUGGUAAAGCUGUGGAGAAAUAACAUCCAUAACAACUGAAGGAAUCACCAAAAACCCCACAAAAAUCUACAAUAA